CGUGCUUAUUUGUCUGUCUGUGAAAUGAAGUCAGCUGAUAAAAAGAAUGAAUUUUCAAUUUUUUAGUGAAUUUUGAUAAUAUCGUCUAGCAUAGUGGUUCCUAUAGCAGCUAAUUUUAAUUAGACGUGCGCUGAAAGUAUUUUGUUGUGUGGCAUUUGCAGAAAUAUUUUGUUCAUAAUUUACUUGUAUGAAAAUGGAAGGUGCGAUCGCAGGUGACAGCGGAGACGGUGAAAGUAAGGAGAAGAGUAGCGCUCACGUAGAUCAAGCUGCUCCUACGACGGUCGACAAUACCGGCGGCGUGAGUAACUGCGAGAGUAGCUCUAGCACGUUGCUGAACGUCGCCAAACAACAGUUACUGUGCGAUCAAAACGAUAACAGCGGCGGCGACGUAGCCGAAUCAAAUAGCUGUACCACCGCCACCGCAAACGAUCUUCAUGUCGAGUCAAAUGACGACGAUAGUUGUUCAGAUUCUGCCGUUGAUUUUAUAGUUGUAUAUAAUAAGAAGAAAUACGACAUCACGUUUAAUUCGAAUAAAACCGUCAAAGAUCUGAAAGGAUAUCUGCAAGGACUGAUCGGUGUACCGUCGAGCGUUCAGAAGGUGAUGUUCAAAGGAUUGGCGAAAGACGAACAAACGUUGAAAGAUCUCGAUGUAAAAAGUGGCGCUAAAGUGAUGGUGGUUGGAUCGAAACUAGACCAGAUUAUGGCUGUUUCGGCGAGUACUGCUGAAGAUAACGCAGCCGAAGAGAAAGCUGCCACUUGCAAAGAACCAUUCUGCAAGCAGAAAAUACAUAAGAAAGUAUUAGAUAAAGGUGUACCCGACGAUGUGAUGGUCGGCAUUAAAAAUGUCAAGGAUCCAUUACCACCGCAUCCUUUAUCGGGAAUGUUGAAUAAAAUGGGAGGUAAAGUGAGAUUAACGUUCAAGCUCGAAUUAGACCAGUUAUGGAUCGGAACCAAAGAACGGACUGAUAAAAUAACGAUGAAUACGAUUAAAAGUAUCGUCAGCGAACCGAUCGAAAAUCACGAAGAGUAUCACAUUGUGGGAUUUCAAUUAGGAACAACGGAAGCGUCGCGUUACUGGGUAUACUGGGUUCCUGCUCAAUAUGUAGAUUCUAUUAAAAGCGCCAUUCUCGGCACAUGGAUGCUCUAGUCAACGUUACUUUCGUACUUUUUUUAAUUUUUUUUAUUUUUGUCGUCAUGUAAUUUGUUAAACUAUGAUUCGAUAUUCAAGCUUAGAAGUAUAUUGGUUUGAUACAGAGCUGGGAUGAUUCAGAGUCGCAGUAGUCGAAACCCUUUUGAAACUCUUUUAAUCAAGGAGUUGUUGUAUUUUUCAUAGUCCUCUUUUCUUUCAAAGAGUUGCCACUACACGACUCUAGCGACUCUUUGUUUUCACCAAGUGAUUUAAGAGCAGGAGUUUUAGCACUCUCACUCGCAGAUUAGAUAUUUGCUCUAAUAAUAUUGCUUUUUUCCCUCUUUUAAAAUCAAUAAUGUUUCAUUUUUUGGCCAAAACUUCCCUGUUCAUAUUUCCACUCUUACUUUCCUCUUUCAAGUUGCUUAUUUUUCAUUUCAAACCUUUCUCCAAUGGAUCUUUCUUCACUCGCGGAAGAGUCGCAAGAGUCGGAGAGGACGUCGCCAACUUGAAAAAUAGCACAGUCGCCGCAGCUCUGGCUCGAUACGUUCGUUCGUGUAAAAUAUCAUGGUUGAAUUUUACGUCUUUUUCAUGUGUACAAAUUUUACGCCUAUUUUUACGACGAUCGUAACUGGUGUUUUAUUUCGUAUUCGUGUUCGUAUAAUUUUUGCAAUUUUAAUACGAUUUCGUUGUAUUCACUUUUAUAUCGAAUUGAGCAAUUUUCCACCGAAAAAUUUGUACUUUUUUAUUUCCUAAUCUACAAUCAAUUUGUACGAAUUCGUACCAGUUUAGUGUUUAUUCAUCGCUGCUAAUCAAUCUCGAAUGCCCAUUUAACGUGUGGGGGGGGGGGGGUGAGCGAAGUGAUGCGGUUAUAGUUUGAAAAAAAUUGAUAUUCUUGUUCGUAUUUUUUCCCCUUUCUACAAAAUAAAAUUAAGUUCAAUAUCGUCGAGGAGGUAUAAAUUUUGAAUUUUAUUUUAGUUAUACUUGUGCUGAAAUUGUUUUCGGAGGAGUUGCGCAAGAAAACAUGUUCAUAUAUUUCGACAAAUCUAAAAAAAAAUAAUUUUAAGAUAAAUUUUGUAAUUUGAAAAAAAACGAGUUUAUUUUAGGUUUUGUAUGAUUUUUUUUGUUAUUUCGAAUAAAGUAUGUUGCUAUCGCUUGUAA